AACACUGUACUUGCAAUCUCCUCUGUGGAACCAUAGGAGGAGAAACCGUGGUACCAGCAAUACCAGUGCCAGGUACCCGGUCUGUUUGACCUGGGCUGUGUCACGUACGUCCAGUCUCCUGGGGAGAGCGACACCGAGAUGUACCUCACCGGCAACUUCAGCAAAGCACCUCUCUUUCCUGUGAACAGCUAUGUGUCAGACACUGGAAACAAGCUGGACAAGGUCUAUGAAGGCGUAUGGGAAUCUCUACUGAGCGGACGAGAUAACGUAGUGUACUCGCACGAGCAUUUCAUCAUAGACCACUACUGCUUCCUCGGAUAUGAAAUGGCUCAAAUCUUCACAACUGUCAAGGAACCUAGCGUCGAGUUGAUGGAGCUGAUAUGGGAAGUUGUCAGUAAUCACACUGAAGUGGACAAGUCUAAGUUUAAGAAAGUGGUCUGUUAAUGCUGCACUUCUGAUAA